AUGCUGCUGCAGACAUGGCUGAUUGUUUUCGGCGUUUAUUUGGUGAUAUUGUACAUGGUGGAGGCGUUUUGCCUCUAUUUGAUGUUGAAUGUGGUCCGAUGGAAUGGGAGAAUCACUGUCGAAGAUAUGGUAGGGACUUGAAAUUUAAUUAGCUUUUAAUUUUUUUACGAGAAAACUUUAGAAAAAUUGAGAAAAAUCGAAAAAUUAUAUUGUUUUAGUCAUCAGAUAAUAUAAGGUGAUAUCUCAGCAGCCGACGUUCCGAUUUUUGUCAAGUUUUCCCUAAACACUCUCAAUAGGCAAUAAAUUAAUCUAUGAAAAUUUCAGUUCUCAAUUUGCAAAGAGAGCUGAGAUAUUCAACGAUCAUUUUAGCGAGAGAGCACGCGAAAUGGGGAGGGUCGGUCAGACAGAAACUGUUUUUUGGCUAUAACUCCCUGGAUUUUGCUCGGAAAAAGUUAUUUUUUUGUAGAAAUGAUAUACUGUUGGUUAGUAACAUGCUGUUAUUUUUCUCAGCCAAAAAUCAGCGAAAAAAUAUUUUUUUUUAUUUUUUUUCACCAGAAAUCCCAAUAAUUUCCGUAAAACCCAAGCUUAUGUUCUCAAAAAAGUCUUAAUAAAUUCUAAUCUAAAUCUGUCACAAGUUUCAUCAAAAUCCAAGGCGAUUUUUUACUAAAAAUGUUAAUUUCAAAUAUUUCAGCUCUCUCCGGACGAGAUGGUAAAUUCAAACCGCGGUGAUGUCUAUAUAACUUCGAAAAACUUAUCAUCUUUCCUCUGGAUGUGUGCUACCAUGAUUUUGGCGUUUUUCAACUCACUACUUGGAUUGGUCACUCUAAAAACACUGUUUCGGCCGAUGGCAAGGUUUCGAAGUAAGUUGUUUUUUUCAAAGCGAAAUUUCUCGAACACCCGAAGUGAUAUUUUCUUCAAAUUUGGAGUGAAUAGUACAUCUAAGGCGGGUAGUAACUACUGAAAAUUUUGGCUUAAAAUUAGCAGGGGGAGCUGAGAUAUUGAACGAUUUUUGUGAACAAGAGAGUACGGAAAAUGCGGAGUGCGGCCAGAGAAAACCGUUUCUUUGGCGGUGCCGUUGGGAAUUGGUCGUUUUAAAAAUAGAUUUUUUGAAGGAAAAUAGUGCUGUGGAUUAUGAAUGAUAUCAGUUUUUCAUUUUGAAAAUUCAAAAAAAAAAAAAAAUUUUCGAGAUUUUUUGAUCUAAAAAUAAAAAAAAUAAUAAAAUUUCUGCCAUGUUUUAGAAAAUUUCACACUUAAUUUUUCCUAAAUUUCAUCAAAAUUUGAAAAAAAAAUGUUCUUUAGGUAUGUUAUGGAUAACUGUUCCAAUCUCUUUUAUUCCCCUUUUCCCCCUACAUUUGCUGGAUCAAGACCUCUUCGAAUGGAUAAAUGUGAUCGUUACGGUAUUUGUCGCAUCUUCGACUAUGCUGACAAUUUCUUUGGCCAUCUUUGUUGGCCUAAUUGAGAAGGAAUUUCAUGAAAAAACGACAAAAAAGGUGAAUUUUUUGAUAAAAUUUAAAAAUUUUUUGAUUUUUUUCAGGACUGGAGCUUCUGGAACGUGCUGUUUGACACCUAG